UGGCUUGGAUUGCAUGGAUGCAUAGAGCCAUAGACGAAGCAAUAAUGGAGAGCAAGAAGGGUGACGAGUCCCCGGCACUGCCCCACGACGACGUCUUCCCGGCGAACUUCGCCGAGAUCGUGGCGUCUCUUCCCAGAGGGCCACCGUGCUCGAUUUUUCCUAACGUCCGUCUGUACCGCGGGUUCUGGGUCCCCACCGGCUUCCUGCUGAACCUCCCGAGAGCCCACGCCUUGUUCGAGGAGCGCCGGCCCGCCGACAUCCUCCUGGCGAGCUUCCCCAAGAGCGGCACCACCUGGCUCAAGGCCCUCGCCUUCGCCACGGCGCGCCGGUCCGUCCACUCGCCGCUCGACGCCGCCCACCCUCUCCUCUCCACCAACUCCCACGAGUGCGUCGCGUUCCUCGACACUCUACGUUGGUCGUCAUCCGUAGAAAGCGAUGACGACGGCGGCACGACGGCGGCGGCGGCGGCGCCGCGUCUCCUCGGCACGCACAUGCCCUACUCCCUGCUCCCGAGACGAGCGACGGCGGACGGCGGCGGGUGCCGGAUCGUGUACAUCGCCAGAGACCCCAAGGACACGCUGGUCUCCACGUGGCAUUUCGAUGUGAGCUUGCGGACGUCGAGCGCGGCCGUAGAACGCGGCGAGCGCCCGACAGCGGCGGCGGCAGGAGCCACCUUCGAGGAGGUGUUCGAGCUCUACUGCCAAGGCCACUGCGGGCUGGGCCCGCAGUGGGAGCACGUCCGCGAGUACUGGGAGGCGAGCAAGAGGACGCCAGGGAGCGUGCUGUUCCUCAGGUACGAGGAGAUGCUGCAGGACCCGGUGGGCAACCUGAAGAAGAUGGCGGAGUUCAUGGGGUGCCCGUUCUCGGCGGCGGAGGAGGACGCCGGCGUCGUGCGCGCCAUCCUUGAACUGUGCAGCCUGGACAAGCAGCGGAGCCUGGCGGUGAACAAGACCGGAGCUUACGCCUACGUCAACGCUCGGGAGGGCUUGGUGACACAAGUCGUGGACAACAAGCAUUUCUUCAGGAAGGGGAUCAUGGGGGACUGGAGGAACCACAUGUCGCCGGAGAUGGCAGCGAGGCUGGAUGGCAUCGUCGAGGAGGCACUCAAGGGAUCGGGAUUUACCUUUGGGUACACCAAUACAAAUAAUUAGGGCACGUUUGGCACGGCUCCGCAGUCUCCGCUCUACUGUUGACAAUGGAGAUAGGAGUGUUUUAAGAUCUUUAUAUCAACUCGAUGUAAUAAACUUGAAUUAUAAUAAAACUUCUUUUAUCGACAAAA